AUGUCCACUGGUGGUGGUACUAAUCCAACGGCAACAGCAGCAGCAGCAGCAGCUUUGGAGCAUUUUUUGACCACAAAAUUCCGUACCGUUGACGAGUCAAAUGACCCAUGUGAUUAUCCGCCAAUGAACUGUAAUCGUGAUGGAACUUUAACAUUUCGUACAUUUCGACCUCGUGAUUACUCAUAUAACAAUAAUACCAGGUUUCUUCUGUGUUCAAUCAUAGACUGAUC